CCCUCGCUCCUCCGCCAUUGCCACCUUCACGGGGGACGGCUGUAGCUGCAUCGCAAUCGCCGCAGCAGGAUCCCUAUUUUAAUCCGCACCUCCAUUCGUUACAGACUGCUCCGACAUGUAGCAGCGUGUGUCUCAACCAACGGCUGCUGUUUCUCCGGCACCAUCCUCGCCCUCAUUGCACUUCCACUCGCCGUUUCUCUCUGCAGUAUUGCUGCCGUUUUAUUGCGGAGAUCUGCGUGUGUUUGGACGAGGUGGGUUGUUAGGAGGUUUUGGGGUUUGUGAGUGAGGUGUGUCUGUGUGUGUUUAUUUUUUUCGUGGAAGGGUCGCGUUUUGGUGGGAUUGGAAACGAUGGCGGCAGUGAGCCGCCUGCGGUGGACGAUGAAGACGUUGAAGGCUGGGUUGCAGCAGCAGCCUAGGAGUAUCACCUGGACGCGUUCUAUGGGGCACGCGGCGCAACUCUCCAUCGAUGAGGAGGAGUGGCGCCAGCCUAACCUGCCCCUAGAGGGACUUCACUCGCGGGAGAAGGAUCGCGGCGUGCAAUGGGUUUUUCUAGGCUGUCCUGGUGUAGGUAAAGGAACGUAUGCUAGUCGCUUGGCUAAGUUGCUGGAUGUGCCUCACAUUGCUAUGGGUGAUCUCGUUCGACACGAGAUCAUGCAGAAAUCGGCCAUGGCAGAGCAGUUGCAAAAAAUAAUGGGUGCAGGAAAACUCCUCCCUGAUGAAGUAAUUUUCAACCUCCUAACGAGGCGUCUUGAAAAUGGAGUCUCUCGAGGGGAGUCAGGCUUCAUCCUGGAUGGAUUUCCGCGGACAGUGAACCAGGCUGAGAUCAUGAAUGAAGUUGCAGAUAUAGAUUUGGUUGUGAACUUGAAGUUACGUGAAGACGUUUUGGUGACCAAAUGUUUGGGACGGCGCAUAUGUAGCCAAUGUGGGGGUAACUUCAAUGUUGCGUCUAUCGACGUUGAUGGCUAUGGCAAUGUUCCUCGUAUCUACAUGGCACCCCUGUUGCCGCCUCCUUCUUGUUCAUCUAAGAUGAUCAUUCGGGCUGAUGAUACUGAGGAAGUUGUGCGGGCUAGGCUGCGUGUCUACUACGAAGAGAGUUUUCCCGUGGAAUCUUACUAUCGCUCCAAGGGCAUGCUGCUAGACUUCGAUGUGGCUGGGGGAGUUUCAGAGACAUGGCCAUUGUUAUUGUCUGCAUUGAACCUGAACGACAAGGGUGCAAUCCAAAAAAGGUGGACAAUGACUGCGUGAUUCACCUACAUCUGAAUGAGCUGGAGCUGAUUUUAGAAAUUGGUUACUAUUAAAUGGACCCUGAGUUUAAUGAAGAAACUCACAUCUAGAUCAUUUCUAGAGUGACGAUUUUGUAGAGAUUAAAACAACGAUGCAACUUUAGUCGAAAAGUAGGAAAGUUUUGUACACUUCCUUUCAAAAACAAUCUUUUAUUGUCGUGAAUUUCAUUCUUCAUGUGAAAGAUAAGUUUCUCACAAUUGAGCCAA